UUUUUAUUAUUAUUAUUUCUCUUUUUUCUUUUUCUUUUUCUUUUUCUUUGAAUUUCUGCUCUAUAGUUGUGCUUUUAGGAUAUGGGUGUGUUGAAUUUUGGUAUAUUUUGGGCUCAGUAUGACAGAAUUGAUGUUCAGCAACAUGCCUUGCUGAGAUUUUCUUUACUUUCUGAUGGCUUGGAGCCUGUUCUUGUUGUGAUUUUGAUAUGGUGUGUAAAUGUAGUUUUAAUCUGUGGCCGGCAUGUGAAGAUACAUGAAAUAGGCUUAUCGAUUUUUUUUUGUGGCAAAUUUACCUGAAUUCAUACUUGAGGAAGUGCUGUUAGAACUUCUAACACUAUGUACAUUAAUUAAUCAUGAGGAGUAUGGACCUUGGUUUUGCACUACUGUGGGAAACUGUUAAUAGAAGGAUAGAAUUGGUACCUACACUAUCUCUUUAACUCAUUGAGAAGUUGCUUAAUUUGGGAAGAUCCCUAAUUUGAUUUUGGUUCAAGUUUGAAGAAUAACUAUUUGAUGGUAGCCUUGGCUGCAAGAAAAUGCAUCCUCUCCUAUUCAAUUAAAUGAGUGCACAAAAUCAAUUCUUAGUGUAUCUUAGAUUGAUUUUUACCAUUCUAUUUGGGUCGACGAUCGAAAGCUCGUAUUCUCAAUGCAGUAUGUAUGGACCAACUCAAUGGAUGUGUUUGGUAUGUGGGAAUGGGAAUGGGAAUGAAAAUAGGAUGGGAAUGGAGGUGGAUCAUAAUACCGUGUAGAAGAGAAAAAUCAAAAUCCUUGUAAAAGUGGGCUUUGAUUUGCAUAACAAUGAAAUAAAAUAAAAUAAAAUAAAAUAAAAUCCAAACACAUUAAUGAAUGAGAAUGGAAUUGAUUUCCCAUUCCGAUUCUUUAUUCUAGCAUUCCAAACUUGGCCUAAGUGUCAUCUUAACUAUUUGGGUUGACUACAUGAACAGUCUUUGCCAUUCUACUUCUAGUGCAUAUGAUCUUUUAAAUCAUAAAGAUUCACAUCUUUAAUCAUAAACUUGGCCCAUGUUCCUGUCUACCUUCACCUUAUCCCUGUCCUUGUGCUUUCCUCAGUCAAGACCAUAUCACUCCCUUUUGAUGGUAAAUUCUUGGUCUGAGUUGCAGGUGACCAACGUAUUUCAGCUGACUCUCUCUUAUCUCAUCUUGAAUUAGUGCCACUUUUAAUUUAUUCUGAAUGUUUUCUAGUCUAUUCAUUUCUUGACAUGGGACUGAUUCAUUCCAACAUCCCAAUGUCAACUGCCAACUGUAUGGCAAUGCUGCCCCAACUGUCUAUGCCAUAGGGCAUGAUGGACCUCUUGCUCUUUAUUGACCUCACAGUUUUCUGAAGACAUUGUCUAGAAAAAAUCUAGCACUAAUUCAAUUGAGAAUAGUUGAUCCACUAUCAUGGUUUUUUUAGUUUCAAAGAUGAUAUGUAAGAUUCCACUAUCAUGGUUUUUUUUACUCUCAAUCAAGAUGACUUGGUGCUUGUCUGAGUCAAAUCCAUCAAGAGAUUCUAUUCCUAUUCACGGUAAGGAGAUAUGUAAGAUUCUUCGUUGGAUUCUAUGAUCAUCAUGACCACUUAUCUAAUCUCUGAGAGUUUUGCAAGACCACAGACAGCAUUUUCCACAUGCCAUUCUUGAAGCUUCUUCUUGUCCAUGUUAAAGAUGCUCUAGCUCAGUUUGAGACUGCACUUACCUUAGAUCCCAACCCUAUGGAGGCUCAAGCUGCACUCUACAAUAAAGCCUGUUGUCAUGCUUACAGAGGGGAAGGAAAGAAAGCUGCUGACUGUUUGCGUACUGCACUGAGAGAAUACAACCUUAAAUUCAGCACAAUUCUUAAUGAUCCAGACUUGGCCUCCUUCAGGGCUUUGCCUGAAUUUAAGGAGUUGCAAGAAGAGGCUAGGCUUGGAGGGGAAGAUAUAGGCUACAGUUUCCGAAGAGAUCUCAAACUCAUUAGCGAAGUCCAAGCCCCAUUUCGAGGGGUGAGGAGAUUCUUUUAUGUGGCAUUUUCUGCAGCGGCAGGAAUUUCAACUUUUUUUACUAUACCCAGGCUAUUCCGUGCAAUUAAAGGCGGUGAUGGUGCUCCCGAUAUCUGGGAAACUGCUGGUAAUGCUGCCAUCAAUAUUGGAGGUAUUAUUGCUCUUGUGUUAUUAUUUUUCUGGGACAAUAAGAAAGAGGAGGAACAACUUGCACAAAUAUCCCGAGAUGAAACUCUUUCACGGUUGCCAUUGCGCCUUUCAACUAAUCGUGUUGUUGAACUUGUGCAGCUGCGAGACACUGUCAGGCCAGUUAUCUUAGCUGGAACAAAAGAAACUGUUUCUUUAGCUAUCAAGAAGGCUGAAAGGUUUCGAACUGAGCUCCUUAAGCGAGGUGUUCUUUUGGUUCCUGUAAUUUGGGGUGAAAAUAAGGCACCACAAAUGGAGAAGAAAGGUUUUGGCAUUCCUUCUAAGGCAGCUACUUCUCUUCCUUCAAUUGGGGAAGAUUUCGAGAAAAGGACUGAAUCUAUAGCUGCAAAAUCAAGGUUGAAAGCUGAAGUUCGAUUUAAGGCUGAAGUUGUAUCACCUGCAGAAUGGGAAAGGUGGAUAAGGGAUCAACAAAAAUCUGAAGGAGUUACCCCUGGUGAGGAUGUAUACAUAAUACUGCGUCUAGAUGGCCGUGUUCGAAGAUCUGGGAAGGGCAUGCCUGACUGGCAACAAAUUGUGAAGGAGCUCCCACCAAUGGAAGCAUUGCUUAGCAAGCUAGAGAGAUAGGUGUCACAUGUUUCGCUCACUCUUCCUCAGAGAGAAUUUGAGUUAAAAGCUAAGUUAAUGUGGAGAUAGUUCAUAAAGGAAAGGAAAGCUAAAUAACAGGGACUAGACACUAAGGUGGCAGGCCGGCUAUGUCACAUCCAGUGUUGCAUUUAUUUGGCCUUGUCCGAUCUUCAGAGUGUGCCAACUGAACAGUAUGUGGACUUCCUUGGUUUUAUUUAUUAAACUUUCUUAUAGGGUGAUGAUGUCCCCAAAUGGGACGGCAUCCAUUUUCUUUCCCUUGUUUGAAUUCUUGAAGACAAUGCCAGUCUGGGCAUUCACCUCACCCUUCUCUUUUAUAUUGUUGAACAUGUUGUGAAGUAAAGAAUACAAAUUCACCAUUUAUUUAAACAUUGGAUUUGGAGGAA